GAGGCGAGAACGACCCCCGGACCGACCAAAGCUCGCGCGUCGCUGCAUCCCUGCGUACAGCACCUACGUCCCGCCGCCGUUGCCACCAUGCCCAAGAGAAAGGCUGAAGGGGAUGCUAAAGGAGAUAAAGCCAAGGCAAAGGGCGAACCACAGAGAAGAUCCGCAAGGUUGUCUGCUAAACCUGCUCCUCCAAAGCCAGAGCCCAAGCCUAAAAAGGCCCCUGCAAAGAAGGGAGAGAAGGUACCCAAAGGGAAAAAGGGAAAAGCUGACGCUGGCAAGGAGGGGAAUAACCCUGCAGAAAACGGAGAUGCCAACACAGACCAGGCCCAGAAAGCUGAAGGUGCUGGAGAUGCCAAGUGAAGGGUGUACAUUUUUGAUAACUGUGUACUUCUGGUGACUGUACAGUUUGAAAUACUAUUUUUUAUCAAGUUUUAUAAAAAUGCAGAAUUUUGUUUUACUUUUUUUUUUUUUAAUCUGUGUUGUUAGCAUACAGAACACUUCAUUGUUUUUUGGGGAAGGGGCAUAUGUCACUAAUAGAAUGUCUCCAAAGCUAGAUUGAUACGAGGGAAAAUGUUUUUCCCUCUAGUUUUGAGAGACUUCCUCUUGGCUCCCAAGAGGAGGGAUUCCCUGAUGUUGACACACAGCUACCUUGGCACAAAUGCCUUGUGGUAUGGAAAAACUAAUUUGUUUUUAUGUCCUAUUCUCCCUCAGUCUUCAGCAUAGUCUUAACUCCCUUAAACCCAGUCACCUCUUGUGACCUGACCCCCAAUAAUUGGUUACCAGUAUAUCAAGGAAUCUGGACUUUUUCAAUAAUACCACUGAGAUGCAUCCCUCAAAAGAGCAGCGGUUCCAUUUGUAGAUUGUUGGAUCUUCAGAUAAAUUCUACCAUUUUCAUUUCAUUUCCUGAAAGUUAGGGUCGGCUUGUGAAAAGUUGUUAAACAACAUGCUAAAUGUGAAAUGUCAACCCUCACUCUAAACUUCCUUGUUCAGAGCAUCAAAUGAAGACUUCAUUGGGUUUUAUAUUGGCUUUCUGAUUUUUGGUAGAACAUUGAAGAAGGGAGUUUGAAAGUUGUUGUAUACUGUUAACGAUCGUCUGCCCAUGUCCUGCCUGAAAUACCAUGAUUGUUUAUGAAAAGUAUCUUUAAUAAAGCU